UGGCUAGCGGACCUCAGGGUGAGAGGCCCGCUUCCCACCGCGGUGUUCGACGGGAUGCCGGAGGGUAAGGGGUGGGGCUGACGUCAGGAGCCAAAAUGGCGGCGGCGGUCGGGGUCUCCUUGAAGCGCGGCUUCCCGGCUGCCGCACUCGGCAGAGUCGGCCUGCAGUUUCAGGCCUGCCGAGGGGCACAGACAGCCGCUGCUGCAGCUCCCAAAAUCAAAAAGUUUGCCAUUUACCGAUGGGACCCAGACAAGACCGGAGAUAAACCUCGAAUGCAGACGUACGAGGUGGAUCUGAAUAAGUGCGGGCCUAUGGUGUUGGACGCUUUGAUCAAGAUCAAGAAUGAGAUUGAUUCUACUCUGACCUUCCGAAGAUCGUGUAGAGAAGGGAUCUGUGGCUCCUGCGCCAUGAACAUCAACGGAGGCAACACUCUGGCGUGCACGCGCAGGAUCGACACGGACCUCAGCAAAGUCUCCAAAAUCUACCCUCUCCCACAUAUGUAUGUGAUCAAGGAUCUAGUCCCUGAUCUGAGUAACUUCUACGCACAAUACAAAUCCAUCGAGCCUUAUCUGAAGAAGAAGGAUGAGUCCCAGGAGGGCAAGCAGCAGUAUCUGCAGUCCAUCGAGGACCGGGAGAAGCUGGACGGCUUGUACGAAUGCAUCCUGUGUGCCUGCUGCAGCACCAGCUGCCCCAGCUACUGGUGGAACGGAGACAAGUACCUGGGGCCUGCGGUUCUCAUGCAGGCCUACCGCUGGAUGAUUGACUCCAGAGACGAUUUCACAGAGGAGCGCCUGGCCAAGCUGCAGGACCCCUUCUCCCUCUACCGCUGCCACACCAUCAUGAACUGUACGCAGACCUGCCCCAAGGGUCUGAAUCCAGGGAAAGCGAUUGCUGAAAUCAAGAAGAUGAUGGCGACCUACAAGGAGAAGCGGGCACUGGCUUAACCCUGCCGCACUGAGUGUGGGAGGCUGUCAGCUCUGGCGUGAAUCCCUUCAAGCACCUGGAGUCUUCCUGAGUACAGCGUAUAUAAUAAACAUUUAAGAAAUAAA